UCAAAAAUUAACCGGCGGCAGCUCUUCCGUUGGAGUUGCUGCGAUGAAGAUCAAGCGGCAGAAGCACGCCAAGAAGCACAUGGGCUUCUACAAGUACAACUUCGGCUUCCGGGAGCCUUUCCAGGUGUUGCUGGACGGCACCUUCUGCCAAGCGGCGCUGCGCAACAAGAUCCAGAUCCGGGAACAGCUGCCCGGUUACCUGGCCGGCACCACGCAGCUCUGCACCACCCGAUGUGUUCUAAAAGAAUUGGCAUCCCUAGGAAAGGAAUUAUAUGGUGCAAAGUUAAUUGCACAGAGAUGCCAAGUGCGCCACUGCUCUCACUUCAAGGAGCCAGUGACUGGUUCGGCUUGCCUGUUGUCCAUGGUCGAGGGUGGCAACCCACACCAUUACUUCAUUGCUACACAGGACCAGGUUCUGGGAAGCAAGGUGAAGAAAAGAGCCGGCAUUCCUCUUCUCUUCAUCAUUCAAAACACUAUGGUGCUGGACAAACCUUCUGCCAAAUCUCUGGCAUCGGCACAAGCAAUGCAGACCCAUCGACUCAUCCCAGAGCACCAGAAACUGAGCAUUGUGCAACUCAAAGAACAGCAAGGCCUGGGGAAGGCCUCAGAGGCCAGGAAAAGGAAACGGAAAAGAGCCAGUGGUCCUAACCCUCUCAGUUGUUUGAAGAAGAAGAAGAAAACGCAAGACACCCCACAGUCUUCGGCAGCUAAGAAGGGGAAUCAGAAACGCAGCAAAAGGAAAUUGGGAGCUCUGCCCGAGGCUGUGCAGUCAGUCUCGCAGGAAAGCAUAAAAACGUCCACAGCAACUGUGCUGAGUUCAUAACUUUGCAAACUGGGUGCAGAGUCAGUGGAUUGGAUCCAAGGUAUCAGGAGAACUUUCCUGCCCUUCUCUCCCACUUCACCCUGCUCCUGGUUGUGAUCUGAGGGUUUGUACACGGAAGGGGAAAUAUGACAAAAAUCCUACACACUGAUGGAAAAAAUAGUACUGUACAUACAAUUCAUCCACUUCUGCUAUACUAACAGGAAAAUAAAUCUUUGUGUUUUCUUUUUCUUAAAAA